AUGAGCUCCCCGGUUGUGAUGGGUCCUGUUAAUGGACACUUGUCGCCGGACGAUGCCAUGACAUCUACAGUUGACGCCGAGGUCGGUCAGAGCGAUACCGAUAUCCCCGAUGCCCGUGAAAGCCCAAUGGACCGCUCAUCGCCAUCGGCCUCGGAAGCCCAACCCCACGAAACGCCAGACCACAUCGACGAAGAUCGAGCCUCUUCGGAUGAUGAUGGGUCUAGUCUAGACAAUGCGUCCGAGGAUGGCGACUUUGACAUGCAGGAGAGCGUGGCUUCUCCCCAAGACGGCGACGCUGAAGUAAACCGCGAGAGCUCACCCGCCUCUAGCCGCCCAUCAAAACGGAAAACAACAGUCGCCGAAGAAGACUAUAUGCGAGAAAAUCCAGAGCUUUAUGGGCUCCGGAGAAGUGUGGACUCUGAUGACUCCGACUCGGAGGAUGAUGAACCCGUGAAUCGCCGCCAAUCGAAGAGACGGCGCGUCAACACAUCCCAGCCUUCAUCCAAGAGGAAUACACCUCUCUUACAACCGUCUACAAACGAGUCUGAUUCUGAUUCCGACACGUACGGCGGAGCCCGAGCAAAGAGCCAGCUGAAAAAGGCGAGAUUACAGAGAGAGUCACAGCCUGCUCUCGCACUUGCCGAGAAGAGAUGGUCAAGCCGCCGCGCUGCUCAGCAAGUCCAGCAGGGCAUGUACGAGGAAAGCGACUUUGAAGACGAUGAAGACGAGGCGGACAUGGCAUCGGCAUACUAUGUUGCUGAUUACGUUGACGACUCACCAUACGUCGAAAAAGUGGUGCGUCACCGGCUCAGAGAUGGGCUGGAGUUGCAGUACGAUGCCGGCCGUCACGACUUUGAAUAUUUCAUCAAGUGGCAGGGCAAGUCUCAUUUGCAUGACACUUGGGAAACCAUUGAGUCGUUGCGUAACAUGCGCGGUUUUCGCAAGGUCGAAAACUAUUUCCGAAAAGUCGUUGAACAGGAGCUGGAUAUACGGUUUGGAGAUGACAUCCCUCCCGAGACAAAGGAGCAGUUCUUCUUGGACAGAGAACGAGAUGAGGAUGCCUUCGAAGACUACACCAAAGUUGAGCGAGUGGUCAAUGUUCGCGACGGGGAAGACGACACCGAAUACUAUGUCAAGUGGAAGGGACUCACAUAUGAGGAGUGUACUUGGGAAUUGGCAUCAGAAAUAAGUCCCGAGUUUCAAGACAAAAUCGACCAGUACCUUGAUCGAUCAUCACGGUCAUGGCAGUCUGACCGGCGCGAAACAAACCCUGAUACCCGAGGCAGGAUGAUCAAGCUUGACAGCCAACCGUCUUACAUCCAAGGUGGUGAACUCCGCUCAUUUCAGCUGAAGGGUCUCAACUUUUUGUGCCUCAACUGGACAAGAGGCAAUAAUGUCAUCUUGGCCGAUGAAAUGGGACUUGGCAAGACUGUUCAGACUGUUUCGUUCCUCAGCUGGCUUCGAAAUGACCGUCGACAGGAGGGCCCAUCACUUGUGGUGGCCCCUCUCAGUGUCAUUCCCGCCUGGUGUGAUACAUUUAAUCACUGGGCUCCCGACAUCAACUAUGUCGUCUAUCUCGGGCCUGAGGAUGCCCGCAAUAUCAUUCGUGAGAAUGAGUUGAUCGUGGAUGGGAAUCCCAAGAAGCCAAAGUUCAAUGUCCUUGUCACAUCAUAUGAAUUUAUCCUACAAGACUGGCAGUUCUUGCAAACAAUUAAGUGGCAGACUCUGGCCGUUGAUGAGGCCCAUCGUCUGAAGAAUCGAGAGUCACAGCUGUACGCGAGACUCGUGGGCUUCGGGGUUCCUUGCAAGAUUCUCAUUACUGGCACUCCAAUCCAGAACAAUCUAGCCGAGUUGUCGGCCUUGUUGGAUUUCUUGAACCCCGGAAAGGUCAAUAUUGACGAAGAUUUGGACUCUCUAUCCGCAGUCGACGCACAAGAGAAGCUAGAAGAACUGCACAAGUCUAUCGCACCUUAUAUUUUACGAAGAACCAAAGAAACAGUAGAGUCCGACUUGCCACCGAAGACGGAAAAGAUCAUUCGCGUCGAGUUGUCUGAUGUUCAGUUAGACUAUUACAAAAACAUCUUGACGAGGAAUUAUUCUGCCUUGUGCGAUGCAACCGGUGGCCACAAAAAUUCUUUGCUGAAUAUCAUGAUGGAGCUCAAGAAAAUCAGCAACCACCCAUACAUGUUCCCUGGCGCCGAAGAACGUGUGUUGGCUGGUAGUGUUCGUCGUGAGGACCAGAUCAAAGGCCUGAUCACCAGCAGCGGGAAAAUGAUGCUUCUCGAUCAGCUUCUGUCAAAGCUCAAGAAGGAUGGUCACCGGGUCCUCAUUUUUAGUCAAAUGGUCAAAAUGCUUGAUAUUCUGGGAGAUUACCUGUCCUUGCGAGGGUACAAAUUCCAGCGUCUGGAUGGUACCAUCGCUGCUGGGCCACGUCGCAUGGCCAUCAAUCAUUUCAAUGCUGAUGAUAGUGAAGACUUCUGCUUCUUGCUGUCGACCCGUGCCGGUGGACUGGGCAUUAAUCUGAUGACCGCCGACACCGUCAUCAUCUUUGACUCUGAUUGGAACCCUCAGGCUGAUUUGCAGGCCAUGGCUCGAGCUCAUCGUAUCGGCCAGAAACGUCCUGUCAACAUCUACCGUCUUGUGUCCAAAGAGACGGUGGAGGAGGAAGUGCUUGAACGCGCUAGGAAUAAACUUUUGCUGGAGUACUUGACCAUUCAGGCGGGCGUCACUGACGAUGGCAAAGCAGCAUUCAAGGAGAGGCUGAAUAAGAAGGGUCUCAAGACAGACGGCCCUUCAUCGUCUGAAGACAUCCAAAUGGUCCUGAAGAUGAGGUCGUCCAAGAUGUUCGAACAAAGUGGUAACCAAGAGCGCCUUGAGCAACUGGAUAUCGACUCAAUCCUAGAAAAUGCAGAAGUUACCAAGACGAAGGUUGACGACAAGAUGAACCUUAGCAGCGGUGGCAUUGACUGGGACAACUUCAUGCAAAUUACUGAUGUGAAAGUGGACGACAUCAAUUUGGACUGGGACCAGAUUAUUCCUGCUGAUAAACUGGCAGAGAUCAAGGCGGACGAGGAGAAACGCCAGAAUGAAGAGUAUGUUGCCAAGUUGGCGGCGGAAAAUGCACCUCGCAGAGCUACAAUUAAGAACCGCAACAAGGAGAAUGAUCGUGCUGAUCGCCUCAAGAAACGCCAGCGGGAGCAACAGCAAGAAGAGGAAGAACAGCGAGCUCUCUUAGCAGACCCCAAACGGCCAUUGUCCGACAAGGAGCAGCGAAAUCUGAUCAAAGCAUACUUCCGGUUUGGAUCCAUGAAUGAUCGCGAAGCCGAUAUUAUUCAGGAAGCCAAGCUUGUGGAGAGAGACCAUGAAUUUGUCAAGUCUGUGCUGGACGACUUCAUUACAGCCGCUCAGCGGGCUGUGGACGACAACAACGUGAAGCUUGUGGAAGAAGAAAAGAAGACGGGAAAGAGUCUGACGAAGAAGGAUCGCAAAGCUGUUCUUAUCGACUUUGGUGAAUUGAAAAAGGUCAAUGCCGAGACAGCAAUCGAGCGACCCAAGCAAUUGCAGCUUCUGCGAAAGGCCAUCCGCAGCCAGUCAGACUGGAAAACCUAUCGUCUUCCAGAUGCCACCAAGGGUGCUAACUACACAUGCGCCUGGGGAGCCAGAGAGGAUGCAAUGCUUCUAGUUGGCAUUGACAAGCAUGGAUUUGGAGCGUGGGUGCAAAUUCGUGAUGAUCCUGAACUCGACAUGCAGGACAAGCUGUUCUUGGAAGAGCAUAGAGUUGGCAAGAAGGAGGAGCGAAACAAGGCAAACGACAAGCUCAAAGCACCAGGUGCAGUGCACCUUGUCCGUCGGUCUGAAUAUCUGCUCUCUGUUCUUCAAUCCAAGUACUCUGGUGAUCGGGCGGCACAGCGAAUCGUGGAUAAUCAUCACCGAAACAACAAGAAGAAUAGUGUGCCCAACGGCCAUCGUGGGAGUGGAACCGCAUCACCCGCUCCUCACGCUAUUAAGAAGCAUCGUGACAGAGACCGCGAUGAUCAGCGGGCUCGAAGCAAUACAGACGAUCGUGGUUCAGCUAGACCCGAUUUCAAGCGAAAACACGCAUCAUCCUACGACGAUGAUCGCAGCCCAAAACAUCGCCGAGUUGAAGAUGGUCGUCGGCUAAGCAAGCACGGCAUUGACCGUGACCGUGACCGUGACCGUGAUAGGCUGGAUCAUCGGCGCUACCGAGACGAUGAUGAUCGACGACAUGAGAAACAUCGACAUCGACAUGACGAUGAACGACGCCGCGAUGAGCGACGUCGGGACGACGAUAGAUAUCGUGAUCGUGACCGUGACCGUGACCGUGACCGCGACCGCGAUCGUGAGCGAGACGGAGACAGAGACCAUUACCGGGACCGCCACAGAGAUAGGGAUAGAGAGCAUGCUCGAGACUCUCACAGAGACAGAGACAGAGAAAGAGACAGGGAGAGAGACAGGGACAGGGACCGCGAUCGUGACCACGAUUCACGCACUCAAGAUGAGCGAAGAACCAAGGCCCUACGCCGUUUGGAUGAACUCCGCCGCAUCGGUGACAACAAAGAUGAGCGCAACAGGGACAACGACGCCAUGAUUUGGUACCUCCUAAAACCUGUACGCGAAAACUUUGAAAAGAUUUUGUCUACAACCAAAGAUAAUGUCAAGUCCAGCAAAGAGCGUGCGGCAAUUUUCGGAGUAGAGCUAGUUGCUAUAGGCACUUUCCUUGACGAAAAACUCCCCGUCACUGCGGCUGAUGAAAGUCUCAAGAACAACUUUUGGGACAACAGGGAUUUCCUAGCUGCACUCUGGCCGGUCGACGAUACUAGCAAGAUCGUCACAGGCAAACGAUUAAGUAACAUGUACCGUAUACUUCACACCCGCAACAAAGAUUCAGGAUCCAGCUCUACACGAAUGAAUGGAGCAUAG